UGGCUUUCUGCCGAGUCUGCGCGAGCAUCUUCAUUCCUCUCUCGCUGUAGUGCAAGUUUCAACUCUUCUGGUUCGGAAAUGGUUCAUGUUUCUUCCGAAGGAAACAAGAAUCCACAAGAAGAAUGAAGAAGAUGUGGAUUUUGCACAAUCGGUUCGUUGUGUUCUGCAUUGUUUGUUACCUCUGUUCUUCUCUGCAGCUUACGAGGGUUUCUUCAUCCUCACCUGCUCCACACAGUGACCAUGAUCAUAUAAAUUCAGAUGUUGGAAGAACACUGCAGCAGGAGCAAGAUGGUAAUCAUCAAAUACAUUGCUCAAGAGAAAGGAGUAGAGUAGCUUGGAAAAUCAUUCAAGAGUAUUUGAUGCCUUUCGUGGAGAAAGAAAAAUAUCAUAUCUCAAAAAGGUGUAGGCUUCACCCUGAUAAUGAUAUAUACAGAGAUCAGGAAGACCAUAAGUCUCAUAUAGAUAUAAAUGAAUGGCAGUGUGGGUUCUGUAAGAAAAGUUUCUAUGAAGAGAAACAUCUUGAUCAGCAUUUCGACAACAGACACUCCAAUUUACUUAAUUCGAGUGAAAGCCGGUGCUUAGCCGACGUAUGUGGUGCACUGCACUGUGACCUUGAAAUAAAUUCUGGGUCAAAAAAAUCAAAGUGCAACCCUGCUGCCGCUGCAAGAAAUAAACAUCUGUGUGAGAGCUUAGCUGAUAGUUGUUUUCCAGUUAAUGAGGGCCCCGCAGCAAGCCGGCUUCAUGAAUUCUUUUUGCACCAAUUCUGUGAUGCACACAGCUGUACUCCAAGUGGGAAACCUUUCUCCAGAGGGCGCAGGAAGAGGACAAAUGUGUUCUACAUCGUGGCCUCCAUUUUUCUUGUGGUGCUGCUGCUACUUUACUAUCUCUACAUUUACUUGUAUCAAAGAGGAAUGAAAAGGGAAACUCAAGUGCUGAAGCGUAUCUCACAAGCCAGCAGGAAGAAAAAGCCAUCUUAAUUGAUGCUGAUGGAUAUUUCCCUACAGAAGUUCUCAGCCUAGUUUUUUCAGAAAGUAAAAGGGGUUGCUAAUGGAUACACCGUACUGCACUUGAAAUCCACUCUACGCCAUUCUGCUAUUUGCAAGUGGAAGUAUGAGGAAGAAAGUGGUCGCGGACUUCAAAUGAAGUGUAUCUGAUUUGCUAAUUUGUCAGCCAAUUUCUUUGUAAACACAAAGGAAGUUGCUGCAUGACUGAAUCCACCUUGGUUGGGUAUUUGCAUUUUAUUGUGGAUGACAUCACUAACAAGAGAAAUUACAUGAACCUUUGCAUUGUAUUUUCUUAAUUUGUGUACUAGCUUGAUUUGGAUUGAUUUGUAAACCUUUUCAUAUCAUACAUCAUACAUGUGUACAUUACACACGUACAGUAAUCUGCUCAAAAAGGUUUUUGAGGAU